AUGUCGAAUCAACUGGACAAGGCACUGAAACAUAUGACGCUUGAAGAGGAGGAAGAACCGUUUGUCUUACCCGACAGGCCGGAGUUCUUCGCAACAGAAAGAAACUCUUUGAGUCUGAUAGGAAGGCUCUUAAAUCCUCACUGUCAGAGGAUGUCGGAUCUGAUUAUGGAUAUGCCAAGAAAAUGGAAGCUAUACAACAGAGUAAGAGGAGUUGCUCUAUCUCCAGACAGAUUUCAGUUCAUCUUCAAGUUUGAGCAGGAUUUGCUAGAGGUUCUGAGCAAAGUUCACACGCACAAUAGCUGGGCAAUUGUGUUGGAGAGAUGGGUCGAAAGACCCCCUGACGACUACUUACAACACAUUUUAGUGUGGGUGCAGAUGAGGAACAUACCGGUGAACCACUACACGCCGGAAACCAUUGAAGCGUUGGGUGAGUUCGCGGGUCACGUCGUGGAUGUACCCUACGAUCCAGAAAAAGCUCAAGUCAAGGAUUACGUAAGGGUUCUAGUUAAGUUUGAUGUCUCGAAACCUCUGAGAAGAUUCAAAAAGCUGACGUUGCCAGGAGGAGAAGUCGUUAACAUUCGAUACGACUACGAGAGGCUUCAAAAGAGGUGUUAUACUUGUCAGAGGCUAACUCAUGAACAGGAAAGAUGCCCUUGGGUGAUAGCUGAGAAACAAGGAGGGGCUAAAGGAUCUUGCUCAUCAGCAGAAAGUAAGAACACAGAGCUAGUAAGCCCGCUGGAGGAAUCGGAUCCGUUAUAUGGAGUUCUGGCUACUAAACACCUUGGGCUGGAUCCUGUGUAUGGGCGACCGAAGAUCGCAGAGGAAGUACUAGAUGGGAUGAGGCAGUACUUGCGAGCUGCAGAAGGUCCAGAAAAGAUGGCAAGAAUCGAAAGAGUCAAGAAAUCACUAGAUGAUUUGGAGAAUGACCCAUUGGGCCAGAAGAUGUUUCUUAGGCUAGAGGCUGCUCCUGUGGUCUCCACUGAUUUAGAUAAAGGCAAAGGGGUGGUCUUCGACUUUAAAGCUCAAGCGGACAACUCUCAGGUGAAGGAGAAAUUCAUGGCUGGAGCCAUAGUGGCAGGAGCAAAAACUCUGCAAUCUGGCAAAGUAAUCUCUUUCGGCGCUGUGAAUGAAAGUACUGGUUACUCUGAUCUCUCUAGUUCUCGAUUGGAAAAUCCAACGGGUUAUAGUGCUGGUGUUUUACACUCUAGUGCUUCCGGGACUAUCCAAAAGAAAACUAAGCAGAGAAAAAGACCAGGAACCUACACUAGAAGAGCAGCUGGAAAGAAAGCAGUGAAACAACAAGAUGAAGAAGUGAAGACAGUGGGAGAAGGAGUCAUGUCUGAUGGGAAACGGAAGGCACAAGAUGAUGUCGAGCCAUCUCAAAGCUCUGCAAGGUUUAAGAAACCAUUGGUGGUCCCAACUGAGGGACCGUCCAAUAUUUAA